UUUUUUUUUUUUUGUCUUUUUAGGGCCACACCUGUGGCAUAUGGAGGUUCCCAGGCUAGGGGUCCAAUUAGAGCUACAGCCACAAGCCUAUACCAUAGCCACGGCCACACCAGAUCCAAGCCGCGUCUGCAACCUAUACUGCAGCUCUCAGCAAUGCCAGAUCCUUAACCCACUGAGCGAGGCCAGGGAUCGAAUCCCAUCCUCAUGGAUACUAGUCAUAUUUUUAACCCACUGAGCCACAAGCAGAGCUCCCAUCCUGGGAGUCAAUUUCUUUGCAAGCCCUUUAGGGCUUUCCUUCGUAGCUGAUUCUUGUCCAGUGAUUCAGCUGCCUCCUCUGGCUCCCAGUUCCCCUGCCGCUUCCUGGGCUCAGACCUAUGGCCUUUCCAAGGGUAUGGAGGCCCCGCAGUCCUUAAACUUCACUGCCAUCCCUGGGCUGACGGCACCCACAUCCAACGUGGGCCCUGCCCCUGACCUUUCAUCUCUACAACCACCUCCCCCCACCCCAGGCUGCACCUGCGGAACUAACCAUUCCCUCCUGCCUGAAUUUGCUCCUUCCUCCCCUCGCUUCCCAUCAGUGGUACCAGCCUGGUCUCAGAGGGUGAAAAAAGAAAGGCUUCUGCUUCUGGCUGGGUAGGAGCAGUGGGAGGAGCCUAAAUGAGAGAAGACUCUUGGCUGCUGGAGAAAGGGGUACCUGCAUGGGUGGGUGAGGGCGUGGGGGAUGGGAGGGCAGUUGGACUCCUGGAACCGCUGAGACUCUGGCCAUCUGAAAAUCGGAUUUUAUAGCUGGAGGUGGGCGAUGCCUGAGGCUGAGGGAGCAAUGCCCGAGGGUGAAGGCGUGGUGGCUCUGUACUUGGGGGUAUGGAGCUCCAUGUGCUCUAUGGCUGCCUGGAAGCCUGGAAACCCGCGUUGCAGCCCCGGCCCUGCAAUGAGCCCUCCCUGUCCUGAUUCUCUGGAUCUCACGCUCUUCGUCUGUGUAACAGGAUGGGGGUGUGGGAAGCGGACCAGGUUAUUUUAAAGGAUCCCAGCAAUGCAGGCGGCAAGGUUUUCUCAGACCUGAAUUUGGGGGAGCAAAUAGAGGAAGUGGGGCCGGGGACUGGUCUUCAGCCUCACCAGUCCCCAGUCCCUCCCACCCGCCACCUCCACGGGGGCCUGGCCGGUGCCCAUGUGCAAUAAUGAACUCCUGAGUGGCCUUUGUCCUACCGUAAAUGCCUCUCCCGGGCCACAUGCCCACUGCCUGCACUGCGUCGCCUAGGUCACUAAGCCCCUUCGGUCCCCUAGAGUGAGGCAAGAGGGACUGCAGAGCAAAGCAGAAGCCUGAGCCACACCAAGCGCCUCCUUCUCUCCCAGGACAAGCAUGGCCCUUGGGAGAGCACGGCUGCUGCUGCUCUUGGUGUGUGUGGCUGUCACAUGGGCGGCCCGGCCUGAUCUCCUCAACAUCUGCAUGGACGCCAAGCACCACAAGACCAAGCCAGGCCCGGAAGAUGGCCUGCAUGAGCAGUGCAGCCCCUGGGAGAUGAACGCCUGCUGCUCGGUCAACACCAGCCAAGAAGCCCAUAACGACAUCUCCUACCUGUACAAAUUCAACUGGGAGCACUGCGGCAAGAUGAAGCCGGCCUGCAAGCGCCACUUCAUUCAAGACACCUGUCUCUAUGAGUGCUCGCCCAACCUGGGGCCCUGGAUCCAGGAGGUGAACCAGAAGUGGCGCAGAGAGCGGAUCCUGAACGUGCCCCUCUGCAAAGAGGACUGUCAGAACUGGUGGGAAGACUGCCGCACCUCCUACACCUGCAAGAGCAACUGGCACGAGGGCUGGAACUGGAGCUCAGGGUAUAACCGGUGCCCCGCGAACGCCGCCUGCCACCCCUUCGACUUCUACUUCCCCACGCCUGCUGCCCUGUGCAGCCAGAUCUGGAGCAACUCCUACAAACAAAGCAACUACAGCCGGGGCAGCGGCCGCUGCAUCCAGAUGUGGUUCGACCCGGAACAGGGCAACCCCAACGAGGUGGUGGCGAGAUACUACGCCCAGAUCAUGAGUGGCGCUGGGCUCUCCGAGGCCUGGCCUCUCCAGUUCGGCCUGGCCCUGACGCUGCUCUGGCUGCUGAGCUGAGCUUCUGUCUUCGGAGAGCUGGACAGCCCUCCCCUGUUCGGCCCCACAACACCCAGCUCGUCAGUGCCUCGGUGGUGGUGGUGGUGGUGGUGGUGGCGGCGGGGGGGACCCUGAAUAAACCAGUCACCCCACA